UCCCUACCCAUUUCGUAGUUCCUAAAAUUGAAACGAACCCGCACCAAAUAAUCGCUCCAUUAAAAUAAAAAAAAACAGCAUCUUCAUUUCAUUCCCCCUCCCGCCAACUCCUUAAAAGACAAACCUCAUUUGGCGCCCUAAACGAUUCACUACUUUUGCCAUUCAGAUUCAAUUUCUUCCCCAUUCUUCUCGAAACCAAACCCUUACUCCUUCCUUAUAGUUCAACCGGAAAAAACCUAACCCGUUUCUGUAAAAAGUCGCCAUGAAGGUCCGAUCGGUAAAAAUGCGGGAGGCCCACACCCAAAAAGGCGGCCGUGCUUCCUUCUGCUCGGUUGUAUGGGACCAGCAAGCCCAACAUCUCGUCACUGCCUUCUCUUCCGGUGUUUCCGUUUCCAUUCACAACCCUCUUCUUCCUUCCGCCGCUCCUAAGAUCCUACGCCACCACCGUGACGGCGUCACCGCCUUGGCUCUUAGCCCCAAUUCCACUUGCCUUGCUUCUGGAUCCGUUGAUCACUCCGUUAAACUCUACAAGUUUCCCGGUGGAGAGUUCGAGACAAAUAUUACGAGGUUCACACUUCCAAUACGUUUGCUAGCAUUUAACAAGAAAGGAAGCAUGUUAGCAGCUGCAGGUGAUGAUGAAGGUAUCAAGCUCAUAAACACAGUUGAUGGCUCCAUUGCCAGAGUUCUCAAAGGGCACAGAGGACCCGUCACUGGCUUAGCUUUCGACCCUAACGGUGAAUACUUAGCAUCUCUGGACUCAACCGGAACCGUUAUCAUCUGGGAACUCCACUCAGGGAAAAACCUUCACAACCUCAAAGGCAUAGCUCCUGACACUGGGGUAGAUAUUUCAACCAUGAAUGUUCUUUGUUGGAGUCCUGAUGGUGAAACUUUAGCCAUUCCGGGGUUGAGAAACGAUGUCGUUAUGUAUGAUAGGGACACGGCUGAGAGGUUGUUCUCUCUGAGAGGGGAUCACAAUCAGCCUAUAUGUUUUUUGUGCUGGUCACCGAAUGGCAAGUAUAUUGCUACCUCUGGUUUAGAUAAGCAGAUUCUUAUAUGGGAUGUUGAUAGGAAGCAGGAUAUUGACAGACAGAAGUUUGAUGAAAGAGUGUGUUGCAUGGCUUGGAAGCCAAUUGGGAAUGCCUUGGCUGUUAUUGAUGUUAUGGGAAAGUAUGGUAUAUGGGACAAUGUUAUUCCUUCAUCUAUGAAGUCCCCAACUGAGGAUAUACCUUUGCAGGGAAAGAACGGUAAUGGGUUUCUUUUGUUUGAUGAGGAGGAUCAGGACAAUAGUGUUAGUGGGAGCUUGAGUGAUCUUGGUGAAAAUAGUAAUGGUGAGUUUGAGCCACCGUCUAGCAGAAAAAGAUUGCGCAAACAUUCCUUGAGCAAGGAAAAUUUGGAUGAGGAUGGAGAAGAUGAAAUGGAUCUAUAUCCCAAGGUUGAGCCUCACAAGAAAAGGAACCGGUCGGUCAAGGAAAAUUUGGAUAAUGUGAAUGUGGGAUUUAGAAGCACAAUGGUAACAUCUAAAACAAAAAUGCAGGAUGCAUUUCAACCAGGAGUCACUCCAGUGCAGCCUGGAAAAAGGCGCUUCUUAUGCUACAAUAUGCUUGGAAGUAUAACCACUGUCGAACAUGAGGGAUAUUCUCAUAUUGAGAUUGAUUUUCAUGAUACUGGAAGCAGUCCUCGAGUUCCAUCAAUGACUGACCAUUUUGGAUUUACGAUGGCUGCUAUGAAUGAGAAUGGAAGCGUCUUCGCAAAUCCUUGCAAGGGGGAGAAGAACAUGAGCACCCUCAUGUAUCGCCCAUUUAGUAGCUGGGCUAGUAAUAGCGAGUGGUCUAUGCGCUUUGAAGGUGAAGAAGUAAAGGUUGUUGCACUUGGUGCUUCUUGGGUGGCAGCAGUAACUAGUUUUAACUAUCUUCGCAUCUUUACUGAGGGUGGUAUGCAGAGACAUGUUAUUUCGCUAGAUGGGCCAGUGGUGACUGCAUCAGGUUUCAAGGAUAAGCUUGCAGUUGUCAUUCAUGCUUCUGAUUGCCUUUCCUCAAAUGACCAGGUAUUAGAGUUUAGGUUAUUUAAUAUACAACAUGGGACCCAACCCCUUCGAGGUCGCUUGCCGUUAACUCCUGGUUCCUAUCUAAGUUGGUUUGGAUUUAGUGAAGAAGGCCAAUUGUAUUCUUACGAUUCCAAGGGUGUGCUAAGAUUAUAUACAAGCCAAUUUGGUGGUAGCUGGCUCCCAGUCUUCAGUGCUAUUAAAGAGAAGAAGUCAGAUGAAAACUAUUGGAUGGUGGGUUUGAAUACAAACAAGUUAGUUUGUGUAGUAUGCAAAAAGCCUGAAUCCUUCCCACAGGUGGUGCCUAAACCAAUUCUCACUUUAAUGAAUCUUUCAUUUCCACUCGCUUCCUCUGAUUUGGGAUCUGAAGCCCUUGAAAACGAGUUUAUGAUGAACAGCAUGCAUCUCUUUGAGAUUCAGAAAAAAAUGGAAGAAAUGGUUAAUGCUGGUUUGGAUGCUAGUUUACUUGAUGAUGAUGCUUUCAAUUUGGAAGCAGCACAAGAUAGAUGCAUAUUAAGGCUUAUAGCAUCCUGCUGCAACAGUGAUAAACUUGUGAGAGCUACUGAACUUGUAAAGCUUUUGUCUCUGGAGAAAUCAAUGAAAGGUGCAAUAAAACUUGUUACUGCUCUAAAGCUUCCAAAUUUGGCCGAAAAAUUCAGCAGCAUAUUGGAGGAAAGGCUACUUAAUGAAGUUAAAAAGGCUACGGAAACCGAUCUCAAAGAGAACAGUUUUGCCCCCAUUACAUUUACAUCUGAUACUUUACCUAGCGGAAGCAAGGCCUCAACUCAGAUUGAAGCACCAAAAUUAUCUGCACCGUUGUUUACAAAGAAAAAUAAAACACAAGAGGCAGGUAAAGAUGGAAAUAAUAAGACUGCAAUGGUUAAUGGAAGUGUGAAGGUAAAACAGACAGUUGGGGAUGAAACAAGUGACAAGAAGGGUAAGGAGGAAGUGCAAUCUCCUCCUCAUCCACAUAGUUCUUCUAUAAAAUCGACAAAUAAGCAUGGAGUUAACAAGUCAGAGCCUAGUUUGGUGCCAUCAACUACUAGACCGUCGAAUCCAUUUUUGAAGUCCUCAAUCAAAUGAAGAUAUUUAAUAAGUUUUAAUGACAGUUGUCAUCUAGUUUAUCCAAGGCGGGAUCCUCUCCAUUUUUCAAAAGAAAUAGAGUUCCAAUACUAAUAUUUUGGGUAUAUAAAGCUUAAUUAUAUACAAUAUUAUCACCCUCUUGUGAAAUGAAUUUUUAUACACCAAAUUCUAGUAAUUGAUUUUGAGCAAAUGGAGAGAUCCCAACUUGUUCAGUAGAAGAUCAAAUGUCGAGAUAAGGUGUUUUUAUGGAGGAGGUUUGCUUCUUAUUUAUAUGUAUGAUAUGGUGGUAGUCUUUUAUAUAGAGAUUACUAUUAGGAAGCUAAAGAAAUUAUUUGAUGGGGAUCAAUGAAACGGCUGGGUUCAUGCCACCACCAUGAUGGAUCAAUUUAUGAAGCAAUAAAGUCUUGAUGAAAUGGAAAAAUCCUUUGUAUAUUGCCAAAGAGUCUUGGUUGAAGUUCACCAAAAAAUAAAUGAUGUUUGUGAUUGACAAAGAUGCUUUUCAGCUAUUAUAUCAAAAUUGAUGUCUGAGAUCAAAAUGGUCAUUUCAUUGUGAACUUGUGAGACACGUGUGGGUUAUUAACUGUAAAUUUAGCUUUGAUAAAUAUUAACUAAUUGAAAGAUUA